CACUGGCAGAGAAUAACAAAAUGAGAAUUAUGAUGGUAAUAAUAAGUUUUGCAAGCAUAUUAUUGCCAUUGUGCAUCGUAGCUUUGGUAGCUAAUGAGGCAGAGCCUCCAGAAGAGUAUUUGAGAGGCCACAACACUGCACGAGCAAUGGUUGGGGUUCCUCCGCUGAAAUGGGAUGUGAAACUAAAAAAGAAAGCUCAAAAGUUUGUGAAUAAAAGCCUCGAAAUCUGCAGGGGAAAACCACCGCCAUCCAAGUCACCUAUCUACGGCCAGAAUCUUAUGCUGCAGUAUGAAUCUGCUGAGCACGCUACAGCAGCAACAGCGGUAGAGAGGUGGGUGGCACAAAAAAAGUACUACGACCAUAAAUCCAACUCGUGUAUUGGUGGUAAGUGUGAAGAAUACAUUCAAGUUGUUUGGAGAGAAACUAUUCAUGUUGGAUGCGCUAAUGCUAAAUGCCCAGAAACACUAUGCUCCAUGGCCAAGUGCACCAUUGUUGUUUGUCUUUACAGUCCUAAAGGAAACCUUCAAGGCCAUCGUCCUUUCUAUCUAAUUACAACCAAUGUUAUAUGCACCAAUUUUUCUCUUCAUUUUUUGCUAUACACCUUUAAAUUUUCGUUAAAAAAAAAGAGAAAAUAAUUA